GUGUGUGUGUGAGUGCAUGAGAGUGUCUUUGUGUACGUGGGUGUUUGUGUCUACAUUUUGGAGGAAGGGCCAUUUCUGUCUGACAACAUUACAUUGCACACACAGUGCAGGCCGUUAUUGCUUAACUUCUCACUGAGAGGACAAGACAAGAGACAGACAGAGCGGCCACUAUUACAGACAACACUAAGAGCUACAAGAGCCGGCUGCGCCUCAAAAUGUCCGUUUGGAAGACCAUACACUGGUGGAUGUUAAUUUGUCUGCUCGAUCACAUUGAAGCAGGCGGCACAAAGAUCACCCUCCUCGGCCCUCGGACGCGUAUAGUCCUCGCGGGGCACGACCUCAAACUCAAUUUCAACAUUACAUUACCGCCGAACACCACCAUGGACAACCUGAGGUGCUACAACAGCGACGGGCAUGUGUACUCGUACAAAUCGAAAGAAGAGGAACAGGAGGUGCUGCUUCGCUUCACCGACAGCCGCCAGUCCGGCGUGUACCACUGCAAGUGCAAACAUGCCAUCGUGUACCUGGCCGUACUUGUGCGUGACAAGGGCUUUGAAGAGACGUACCACGGUCUAGGGGAUGAGGUCGUCGCCCCUGUGGCCAUCCUGACUGUGCUACUUGUCAUCUUCAGCACUCUAGGAUCUGUUUACAUAUGCAAGAGCCAGGCUGCUCAUGGAGACCAGGGUGACAGAAGCGUGAGGGUUGUCACAGGGAGGGCCAGUCAGGAAGGAGACUCUGGGGGCCAGGAAGGAAAUGAUGAGGAAGAGGCCGCUGACAACUCUGUGUACACGACCCUGGAGUCUCGCCCGGCAUCGAUUUAUGAAGUGUUGGAUCCAUCAGCGUCAAACAGCGGGACACAAUCAAAGAAAAAGAGCAAGAAGGGGUCAAAGAAAAAGGAUGAAACUGCUUCUGCAGAGGAUGGGAUCUUUGAAUCAGUCUAUGCGAAUCUGUGAUGAAUCACUGACUGUAACCUAGUCAGUCUGUUUCUAUUGUAAAAUAUUUAGACUGCCUUAUUAACCUUUUGGUCUGUUGUCAUUGUAUGUACAUUGUAAUCUCUGCUGUUAUACUGUGAAGUGAAACGUGUCAUUUCAUACCUGUGGUUUCAAGGUGCCAGUUGCUAAUAAAUUACAUCAACUA